AUGGCAAGUGCAGCAUCGUCACUGACAAGUGCGGGAGGUAACGACCGCUUCAACAAGGAAGCUGCAGCAUGGGAUUCUAAUCCUUUCGUCCACCAGAUGAGCUCUGAAGCUUGGAAAGCUCUCCAGAAAUACGUGCCGGCCUUACAGUCACAUCCAAAGGAUCUUGAUGUACUCGAGAUUGGUUGUGGAACAGGCCUUCUGAGUUUCCUGGUCGCUCCUGCAGUUCAUGAGGUUGUCGCUGUGGACGCUGCUGAAGGUAUGAUAGAUGUCCUGAAGACCAAGAUUGAUAAAUCCCAGACGAAGAACAUCACUCCAGUUGCAGUCCUACUCGAAGAUCCAGACGAUCCGAGUCUACCACCAGCCGACAGCAACGUCCCUAGUGGACCACGCAAGCGCUUCGAUCUGAUCACAUCCCACCUAGUGCUUCACCACAUUCCAGAACUAGAGCCGGUACUGAAGACCAUGCUUGGCUGCCUGAAACCCGGCGGUAUGAUUGCUCUGACAGACUUUGAGGACUUCGGACCUGAAGCCAAGCGCUUCCAUCCACAGAACAAGAUGGGUGGUGUCGAGCGCCAUGGUAUCAAUGCAAAAUGGAUUUCCAGUCUUAUGACCCAAGUCGGCUUCCAUGAUGUCGAUGUCAAGGUCGCCUGGGAACACAAGAAAAAGGUUGAAAGGUGGCCGGGAGAAUUUUCACCCGAGAAACCUAUCGGACCCGAUCAAGGAGAGCUGAUGAAUUUCUCUUAUGUCCUCUGCAUGGGCUCGAAGCCUGCCUGA